CGAAGGAGACUGGAGCUGCGAAAAGCUGCAUCUGCGGCAACAUCCCUACUGGUGCUACGUGCGUCUGGGUUGCGAACGAGGUCGCGGCGUGCGCCAGCCUCUCCCCGCCCCCUCCCCACCUGGCGCACACCUGGUGGAGGCCGGGGUCCUGCCAAGCGCAAGGAAGGUGUGUGCUAGGGGCCCUUGGGAGCCGCGGAGCGCGCGCGCCAUGGGGCCGCCGCCGGCGACCGGGGUCUCCUGCCGCGGUGGUUGCGGCUCUUCCCGACUGCUCGCAUGGUGCUUCCUGCUGGCUCUGAGUCCGCACGCCCCCGGCUGCCGGGGGGCCGAGGCAGUGUGGACCGCGUACCUGAACGUGUCCUGGUGGGUUCCGCACACCGGAGUGAACCGCACCGUGUGGGAGCUGAGCGAGGAGGGCGUGUACGGCCAGGACUCGCCGCUCGAGCCCGUUGCUGGGGUCCUGGUACCUCCCGACGGCCCCGGGGCACUCAACGCGUGCAACCCGCAUACGAAUUUUACGGUGCCCACGGUCCCGGGGGACUGGGGGAACAACGUGCAAGUCUCAUGGUUGGCCCUCAUCCAGCGCGGCGGGGGCUGCACCUUUGCAGACAAAAUCCAUCUGGCUUACGAGAGAGGGGCGUCUGGAGCCGUCAUCUUUAACUUCCCGGGGACCCGCAAUGAGGUCAUCCCCAUGUCUCACCCAGGUGCAGGAGACAUUGUUGCAAUCAUGAUUGGCAAUCUGAAAGGCACAAAAAUUCUACAGUCUAUUCAAAAAGGCAUACAAGUCACAAUGGUCAUCGAAGUAGGGAAAAAACAUGGCCCUUGGGUGAAUCACUAUUCAAUUUUCUUCGUUUCUGUGUCUUUUUUUAUAAUUACGGCAGCAACUGUGGGCUAUUUUAUCUUUUAUUCUGCUCGAAGAUUACGGAAUGCAAGAGCUCAAAGCAGGAAGCAGAGGCAAUUAAAGGCAGAUGCUAAAAAAGCUAUUGGAAGACUUCAACUGCGCACACUGAAACAAGGAGACGAGGAAAUCGGCCCAGAUGGAGAUAGUUGUGCUGUGUGUAUUGAACUGUAUAAACCGAAUGAUUUGGUGCGAAUCUUAACCUGCAACCAUAUUUUCCAUAAGACAUGUGUUGACCCAUGGCUGUUAGAACACAGGACUUGCCCCAUGUGCAAAUGUGACAUACUCAAAGCUUUGGGAAUUGAGGUGGAUGUUGAAGAUGGAUCAGUAUCUUUACAAGUGCCUGUAUCCAGUGAAACAUCUAAUAGUACCUCUCCUCAUGAAGAAGACAAUCGCAGCGAGACUGCAUCAUCUGGGUAUGCCUCAGUACAGGGAGCAGAUGAACCACCGCUGGAGGAACACGUUCAGUCAGCAAAUGAAAAUCUCCAGCUGGUAAACCAUGAAGCAAGUUCCAUGGCAGUGGAUGUUGUUCCUCAUGUUGACAACCCAACCUUUGAAGAAGAUGAAACUCCUGAUCAAGAGGCUGCUGUUCGAGAAAUUAAAUCAUAAAUUUUGUGUCAAUAGAAAACUUGAACCUUUAGUAAUAACAGAACUGCUAAUCAGGGCCUAGUUUACUGUUAAUGAACUGGAUAAAUUUAAUAAGAUAAGGAUGCUACUGAAAGUGCUGAGAUGACUAUUAUUAUGCUAUAAUUAAUGGCUUAAAAUAUUUAACCUAUUAACCUUUUCCCAUUAUAAUGUUUUUCAUAGGCAAAUUUCCUCUCAAUGGUGAUAGCAAAAACAUUUUUAAACAUUCAGAACUCUCUUCAAGUAGUCACGUUUUUCAUUUAUAACAAUUUUCUUAUAAAAACUUCUUGCUUUUAAAAUGUGAAGUAGCUGUAAUCGCUUUAUUUUGUGAUUGUAUCUUAAUUAAAAAAUACUACUACUACUUUAGCUUUGGGCUAUACCUGUCAGGGUUUUUCUCCAGGUGCUUGUAUUGGUCUGGAACUGUAAUGUAAAAAAGCAAUGCAAACUUAGGCUACUACUUCAUGAAACGUCUAUUUAAGCUACCUUAAGUUCAUAGAACAAGACUAAAGCAAAAUAUUCAUUUUAACCAUUUCUUGUUUUGAAAAUUAGGCUAAAUGUACUCUAUGUGUGUGUCAAGCAUACUUUAUUGAGAAUAUGGACCGAAUAGAUUGGUAUAUUAGUGACAUCAAUUUGACAAAAGAUUAUAGACAAAAAGUUUCCUUACAAAAAUGCUGUGUAAUUAUUUCUCAAACUUGUGGGAUUUUCAAAAGCACAGUAUGUAUGUAAAUUACAACGCUAUUUGAAAAUGGUGAUGUGAAGGGGUAAGUCACAAAAAUUGGUCCUUGGUCUUUAUGUCUGAAUUCAUCUAAAAAAAAGUGCUGUCAGAAAUUAAUCUGUAGGAAAUGUUUUCCAAAUAAUGUUGACUUGGAAAAUUGCGUUUACAUUUUAUCUCAAUGGGCUAAAAUUAGAUAAACUAAAAUUCUGUCCAUGUACCUAUAAAUUUUGUAAAUGCAUUCUCUUGGUGUUUGAAAAAUAAUUAAGGGGUGGGGAGAGAAUUCCAGGUGCCUUACUACAAAGUUUGAAGCUUCAUCCACCAAAGUUAAAUAGAGCUGUUAAAAAAAUGCACUUUAUUUGUAUUCUGUGUGGCUUACCUUUUGUUUUACAGUUUUGUUUCCAGUAUAGUUUCCAGCAGAAUUUAGGCAAAAAUGGAAUAGACGUGUAUUUUUGUUUGCUGAAUGUAGAAUGGAUGAAACCAUUGCAUUCUUGUACACUGAUUUGAAAUGCUGUAAAUAUUUCACAAUUUGUAUUGAUUCUCUUUAAAUAUAAAAUGUAAAUAAA